AUGAUGGUGGCACGAGUGAAAGCCGACUCACGGGUGGUGCGAAGUGAACCGCCCACGUACGUUUCUAUCAAUGAGGAAAGCGAGCAUUCCGAAGUGGAAGAACAGGAGGAAGAAGUUGAAGAACCUGGAGGAAAAGUUGGAAAGUUUGUGCCCAGCAGAAGGAGCCACGAUGAGGCGCCUACGCACAAACCUCGCUAUCCUCGAGAGGACACAUUUACACGAACAGUCUCCGCUCAGUCACUCCCUGUGAAUGAUCGCCUGGAGGAGCUCUCACAAAUGAGCAUCUAUGAUAGGACCCUUCACAUGCUUGCAGUAGACCCUAUCUAUCAAAAAGAGCGUGAUGCACUUGCGGAGAAAACAGGAAGUCGAGGGCGAAGAGAUGGUCUAUUUGGAAUUGCUGAAGGUCAAAAAGGGCAUGAAGGCGGCGAAAAAGUCGCGGUGAAGAUUAUGGAUCGAACGAAAAUGGACACGAAGGCGCAACGAUUACUUGAACGAGAAAUCAAAGCAAUGGAACGGAUGCAUCAUCCAAAUAUUAUUCGACUGUUCGAGGUGAUGUCCGGAUCUUGGCGACGUUGUAUACGGCUGACAAAUUUUGGAGGUUUACAGUGUGUGGAAACAUUAACGAGGACGCAUUUGGUGCUGGAAUACGCUGGUGGUGGUGAACUCUAUGCAUACGUUCACGAACGAGGGAAGCUGACCGAGAAUGAGGCCAAGCCGUUGUUUGCUCAGAUUGUCGCAGCCGUCUCACAUAUGCACAAGAACAAUCUUGUUCAUCGGGACAUCAAAGCCGAAAACAUCAUGUUCUCAGCUCCUGGAGUGGUGAAACUGGUCGACUUCGGCUUUUCCUGCAUGUUGCCGUCAGCUGCUGAACAACUGAAGACCUUCUGCGGCAGUCCUCCUUACGCAGCGCCUGAGCUUUUUCGCGAUGAAAGCUACAACGGUCCAAAGGUCGACAUUUGGGCAUUGGGUGUCUUACUUCACUUUAUGUUGAUUGGAGUCACACCAUUCCGUGGCGAAACCGUACCCGAGCUGAAGACGGCAAUUCUUCAAGGCACUUUCAACCUACCAAUGUAUCUCGAGCACUCUUCUCGAAUGCUCAUUGAGAGUAUGCUUUCGAAAGAUCCGUUCAAAAGGCCGAAAAUUGAGGACAUCAGGAAAUCUAUCUGGUUACGAGGAUCUCGAUUCCCCUCUACUUAUCUCAAUUUACGCACUUACCAGGAAGAAGACGAGGAGAAGAAAUCUGAAAUUUCGAAAAAGGUGUGGACCAUCAUGAACAGCUACGGCAUCACAGAACAGAUGCUUGAAGACUCAAACGAGCGUGGUCCGAGGAAUGCUCUAAUCGGAACAUACCGUAUCGUACAGUAUCAAGUGCAAACAGCUGUCAAAGAGCCGCCAUCAGAGUCUUCGCUAGCUCAGCCUACAACAGAAGCUCAACGAAGAUUAGCAAAUCGACAGCUGAAGAACAAAAGCAAAACAUGUGUUAUUGUCUGA